AUGAGUUUGUUAACUGACACAUCCCCUCCUGCUAAGAUGCCCGGGAAGCGACUGUUUCAAGAGGACAGUUAUCCAAGUAACAAACAUGCAUCAAAAUUCAAGCGUUCAGAUGCUGAUUCAGUCCGAAGUUUUCCAGUCCAUUGUGGUCCAUUUACCUCCGCGAUGAAGACUAUCAAGAAUUUCAAUGCUUCUUCGAAUGCUGUAGCAGCUGAGCGAUUGAGAAUUGUGGCACCAACUAAUGUGGAAUAUGGGUUCGUAAGGAAAGCAAUUCUUCACUCAGGUGAGCCAAUUACCAAGGUGAAAGCCAAAACUGAUAACAAAUCACAUGGAGAUGAAGAUGAUGAAGAUUGUUGCAUUAUAGAGGAGAAAUCAAGUAAUUUUUGUGAGAAAAAAUUAGUCAAGGAUCAUGGUGGAAUCACUCGAAAAAAUUCAAGCCAAAAUCAUGUGCAUGGGCAAACAUCCGGAGUCCGUGAAUCUGAAGAGGAAGAAGAAAGAGAUGACGAGGAUGUUCGCAUUUUAUCUGCUUCAGAGUGGGAAAAUAGACUUCAAUCAAGAAUCAAUUGCAAUAAUAAAAGAAAAAAAGGAAAUACAGCUGAAAAGAGUGUUGAAGAAACCGAAGUGAAGGAUAUGGAAAAUCUGGCAAUUGUUCCAUAUGAUAAUGCAGCCAUGAACAUUGUUAGUCACAGCAAUGUGCAGAAUGCCCUUAGGCUCUUUGAUGAGCUAUACAGAAGUCUCUUAGAUGAAUACAAGCAAGAGUUGGGGGAGGGACCAAUGAGACAACAGAUUCAUAUUAAAGCAGCAAUGCUUCUCAAGAAACAGCAGAAAUGGGUGAAUACUGAACCAUGUUUCGGACAUGUUCCUGGGGUUGAAAUUGGCAACCAGUUCCGAUUCAGGGUUGAACUUGCUCUUGUUGGUCUACAUCAUGAACAAAUGGCUGGUAUUAAUCACGUGACAAUUGAAGGAAAAGAGUAUGCUAACAGUGUGGUGGAUUCAGGUCUGCGCCGUUAUGGAAACAGAGCGGCUUCUCCUGAUAUUCUUCUAUAUUCUGGCCAAGGUCAGACAUUUGAAGAUCAAAAGCUCCAACGAGGUAAUCUUGCCUUGAAGAAUAGCAUGGAUGCAAAUUAUCCUGUGAGGGUUAUUCGUAAAACUAUCUUAGGAUCUGUUGAUGCAACCACAGCUACAAAGAAAAUGUACAUCUAUGACGGUCUAUAUAAGGUGAGCAAAUUUGGGCCUGAAAGAUCCAAGUCUGGCAAAUUGUCCUUGAUGUUUGAAUUGGUUCGAUCGUCAAGGCAGCCAGAUUGUAAUCACCUAAGUAUUACCAAGCCAAGAAGAUCCUUAAAGGACCUCGAGGACAACAAUGCUGAGACAGGAUAUGAUGUGUCUGGAGGCAAGGAAAAAGUCCCAAUCAUGGUUGUGAAUGAAAUUAGCAUUGAAAAACCAGAUAACUUUACUUACAUAACCAAGAUAAUGUAUCCACAUUGGUAUCAAGUCUCAUUGCCUGAAGGUUGUGAUUGCGUUGGUGGAUGCUCGGACUCCAUUAGAUGUCCUUGUGCUGUGAAGAACGGAGGGGAACUUCCGUUCAAUGAGGAAGGCUCCAUCGUUAGAGCAAAGAAAAUGGUGCACGAAUGUGGCCCGAAUUGCAAAUGCCCACCUUCUUGUCAGAACAGAGUUAGCCAACAUGGUCCUCGAUUGCCAUUGGAGAUAUUUAGGACUAAAUCAACUGGAUGGGGUGUUAGAUCACAGGUUGAAAUCCCAUCUGGCAGUUUCAUAUGUGAAUAUGCUGGAGAGUUGCUCCAGGACAAGGAAGCUGAUUUAAGAGAUAAUGAUGAAUAUCUUUUUGAUCUUGAUGAUGGUGAAGGCUUUACAAUUGAUGCAGCGAAAUAUGGGAAUGUGGGAAGAUUCAUCAACCACAGUUGCUCACCAAAUCUUUAUGCUCAAAAUGUUCUUUACGAUCAUGACGACAAAAGAGUGCCCCAUGUAAUGCUUUUUGCUACCAAGAAAAUACCUGCAUUGAAGGAACUUUCAUAUGAUUAUAAUUACAAGCUCAAUCGGGUUCUUGAUGCCAAUGGAAACAUCAAGAUGAAGAAGUGUUUCUGCGGUUCUCGCAAGUGUACCGACAGGUUGUAUUGA